GUGAGUUGUUCGCUGUGAAACAAAAAUUGUGCACUGGCGAGCAGUCGCAUCGAUGUGACUUACGCAAUGAAUAUGUGUGAUGACGUAAUGGAAGAUUCUGCUGAAGACAACACUCUUCAGGAUGAGCAUGAAGAUAGCUCCGAGGUGUUGACUAAAAAAUUGGAUUUACCACUGAUAAAAGGACCUGAGAUGGGAGCCAGCUGUUCAGGGCGGAACUGUUGUAUUGAGAUGGAUUUCCAAAAUACUAUAUAUCAACUGUAUCGUGGGCAUCGGCAGUUUAUCGACAAGAUGGAGCGUGAACAAGAAGAGGUAUACAAACAGAUGAAACGCUUGCACAGUGAUCUACGCAAGUUACGAAGACGCAGUCGCGAAGAGAGGCGUCAGCGGUUCGGAUUAGACAGCGGGCGUGAACCGAAGCCGCAACCACCCAAAGGGAACGGGGAUGCGCAAUCAGGAGAGCAACCUAAAGACCAAGAAACCAGUAAUCAAGAAUUGGAAAAAGAACCAGACAUGACCAACGCCACGCUGGUUGCGUUACCAGCCGAGCGACGAGUGAAGGUAACCGACGACAGUUUGAGCAAGGAGGUUAUAGGAAAGCAGGCUGACCGCCGAGAAGUGGUGACGGAUCCUGAUGACGCAAAUCAAAAGUCGAUUGCGGACUGGCUGAAAUUGGAGACCCCUGAGCAGCUGGAACCAGAUCUAGUUGCAGCGACGUUUAAAUUACCCCCUGUUCAAUCAAGGAAGGUGAGAAAAAUUCAUCGGAAUGAUCCCAUCAGCGCAUUCACUUUAUUAAAAAAAAUGGAGCAGCCCAGUCAGGGUCAUAUUAUUGCUCUGGCCGAUAAGCCAAAGGCCUACAAGUGGAUUGCAGGCAACUAUGGAACCCGACUUUCUAACCGUGCGAAAAUACGCUGCCUCCCAGGUCAUUUGGGAGCCAUGUCCUCGUUAGUACUGCAGCAAGUGAAACCGCCGAAACCAGCUAUAGUGCGUUUUCCACCACCAAACAGUCGCGCCAUCUACAUGCUCAAGAAGUUAGCGGACAAGGAGAGAGAAAAUCUACACCAAUGUGUAGAGAAUUCCAAAAUCUUUAUGGAAAAAUUGAACAGAGCUGAUGGUAUUACAUCCUUAGGCAAGGCGUUAGACAGUCUACUUGGCUUGGUUCGCUCGUCGGUUUUAGAAGUGCCAUAUCCGCCGAAUGAAAAAUGGAAGCCAAUCUGAUUCUGUACACACUAUGUUAAUCAAAACAGGCAUAAAAA